AUGGCAAUCGUUCAAAAAUUUGGAAAACCAGAUCUUUUUGUGACAAUGACAUGCAAUCCAAAUUGGCGUGAAAUUCAGGAAAAUUUAUUACCUGGACAAACAGCAUCUGAUAGGCCUGACAUUGUUUCACGUGUUUUUAAUAUAAAAAAAGACGAAUUGAUCACUACUAUUGUAAAAAAUAAACUAUUCGAAAUAGUAUCCAGCAUCAAAUCUGUUAAAUAUCUUUAUAAAUAUAUAUAUAAAGGACACGACGCUGCAGCUGUAGAAGUUAUUGAUGGAACGAAUAAUAAAGAAGGAGAGCUUAAUCACGACGAAAUUCGAAAUUACAUUGAAACUCGAUAUGUUAGCCCUGUAGAGGCAUGCGAUCGAAUAUUCGGCAGAUCACUGCAAAAGAAAAGUCAUUCAAUUAUGAGGCUUCCAGUUCAUUUGCCAAAUCAACAAAGCGUCAUUUUUAGUGAUGAAGGAACAGAAGAUUCAAUAAGGACAGCAUUAGAAAAAACAACUAUGUUGAUCGAAUAUUUUGCUUUAAAUCGACGUGAUCCAGUUGCAAGACAAUACACUUAUGCAGAAAUUCCAUCACAUUUUGUUUUCAAAAAAUCUUCUAGCAGCUCAAAUAAAUCUUUAUCAUGGGAAACACGUCAGAAGCAGUUUAGUGUUGUUGGCAGAAUGUACUCCAUAAGUCCUCAUCAAGUAGAAUUAUUUCAUCUGCGCUUAUUAUUAUUAUCAUUCAAAGGAGCCACCAGUUUCGAAAAUUUACGAACAGUUGAUGGCAUGAUCUUUGAUACUUAUCAUGGAGCAUGCUUAGCUCGAGGUCUUAUUGAAGAUGACUCAGAAUGGGCACGUGCACUGACAGAAGGAGAAAUAUGGAUGAUGCCUCGACAACUGAGAAAUUUAUUUUCAAGUAUACUAAUGCAUUGUCAACCAAGUAGUCCUGGUGAACUGUGGGAACAGUUUAAAGAUGCUUUGUCGCAAGAUUUUCAAAGGGACCAUUCUCUAUCUAACUCACACAGUAGAGCAUAUCAUGAAAUAAAUAAUUUAUUAUCUGCUAAUCGACGUAGUCUUAGUGAUUUUCCCAGUAUGCCACCACUGGAUGAUUAUACAAUUAAUGCAUCUGAUCAAAAUUGUCAAGUAGCAAUACCUUUGUAUCAUCAAGAAGUUGGUCAACGUCAGUAUAGACAAUUGAACGCAAAACAAAAAGAAAUAGUUGAUACAAUUUUGGAAAUCGUAAUGUCAGAUGAUAAAUCAAAGACUUUGAAAAAAUGUUAUUACGUAGAUGGGCCAGGAGGAUCAGGGAAGACUUUUAUUUACACAACCUUAUAUCAUUUGUUAAUAAGUAAAGGAAAAAAAAUUUGCACGAUGUCAUUCACAGGCGUUUCCGCAAUAUUACUUCCGAACGGGAAAACUGUCCACAAUGCUUUCGGAUUACCAGUUCCGUUAUUUGCAGACUCAACUUCUCACAUCAAAAAACAAUCACAAGACGCACAGAUUAUGAAAGAGUAUGACUUAAUAAUUUGGGAUGAAGGUCCUAUGGCACCGAGAUAUUGUAUGGAAGUGGGUGAUAGAACUUUUAAAUAUUUAAUGGAUAACGAUUUGCCAUUCGGUGGCAAAGCAAUGUUAGUUGGUGGUGAUUUCAGGCAGUUACUUCCUGUCAAAAUGAAUGCUACUCGGACUGAGUUGGUAAAUUUGUCAAUUAAAUUCAGUCAUCUAUGGAAAUAUUUUUCUGUACUUUCAUUAACAGAAAAUAUGAGAACUUUACCAGAAGAAACAGAAUUUGCGAAAUAUCUUUUAGAUCUUGGAGAUGGUGUUUUGAAUGAUAAUAAUAGCAAUAUAUUAGCUCCAAAACAAUGUGUGGCUAAAAGAACUGAAGACAUUGUAGAAGUAAUGUUUAAAGAGCUACUUGAUAAUCGAAGAUAUAAUGAACUCACAAAAGUUGCUGUAUUGUCAGCACGAAAUGUUGAUGUCGAUGAAAUAAAUAGCCGAGUUGUAGAAUUACUAGAUAAGAGAACUGAAAAAAUUUAUACUAGCGUAGAUAGUACAGAAAAUUGUGAUAACGGAGAUAUCGAAGAUGCUAUACUACCAGAAUAUUUACAAUCUUUGAAUCCUCCAAAUUUUCCACCUCAUGAAUUAAAAUUAAGAACUAACUGUGUUGUGAUGCUUCUUCGUAAUUUAAGUAUUGCUGAAGGUUUGUGUAAUGGAACGCGCUUGCAAAUAUUACACCUUGAAGAGAUGAUAAAGUAUGUUUAUCCAGAAGAAACGUUGACCAAUAUCACAAGUGAAAACUCACAAGAAAUUUUUAAUAAUUCCACUGGUUCAAAUGGUGAUGACAUAUUGGAUUUUGGAACAACAAAUUCUACUGUAAACAUCAUAGCAUCGUACUAUAUGGGGUGGAACAAACGAGGAUCUGGGCAUUCGUAUAGUAGUUUGAAUGAGUAUGGAGCUUUGAUUGGUUAUUCAACUGGAAAAGUUCUUGAUUUUGCAACACGUAAUCGUAAGUGUAUUUUGUGCGAGAAGGGUCAUCCUGUCUUUGAUGAUGACUGUCGUAAGAACCAUGAUGGCAGUUCCAAAGCAAUGGAACCAAGUGUUGGUAAUGAAAGUAAAGAUCAUCAAGUAAGAACAAUUGUACAAAGUAAAGUUGCACUCAGCCGGGCUGAUGAUAAACGAGCUCUUGAUCAAAAUGGUGAAACUGAUACCUUACUUUGGGGCUAUGACCCUGAAUAA